CCGUUACUAGGAAAUGAAGAAAGGUGUGCACCCACAGAAGCAAUGGAUGACUUAUGUUACUCAAACUGGUAGAUUGAUGCAUGUGAUGAUGACAAAGAUACACCCUGUUGGUAAAGUCUACCACUUCCGUGCUAAGCGUCAAAUGGCCGAGAGUUUAGGACAGAUUGCCAAGUUCAAACGUCGUUUCGGGUUAGAAAAUACAGAGGCCAGUGGAAAAUGACAUAUCUUACCAUUAGAGGGAGGUUUGGUUUUUAUCUUUAUUUUUAUUUCAUGCAAGUUCAUGGAAAAUACCAAGAAAAAUGGUAAUUUUCCGAAACAGUUUUUGUUCAUUUGCCGUAUUGGAUUAAUCCAGUUAAACUUCAUUGUGUGUUUUUGACUUCCUAUUUCAAGUUAUCCUCAUGUUCUACAUCUAAGGAACUGUUGUUCUCUAAUUGGUAUCAAUUAUUUUGAUUUUGGGAAAUUUUAUUGUUCUGAAAAUAAUGGAGGCAAGGAUGUAGUUCAAAUGUAGUAGUGUUAUUUUGUAUUAGCAUUUUGUCAUGGCUCAUGAGCAAUAAUUGUCCUUUUAUUUUCAAA